AUGAAGAUAUAUUAUUCAAUAAGAAAUUAUUCAAAACUUUUUCUUCAAAAAAAAACAUGCAUACAAAACAUAUUUCCAACUUUACAUAGCAUAAUAUUUAAAACAAAUUCAACACAACACAGCUGUACACCAUUGGGGGAAUUGCAGGUUUUAAAAUUAUUAGACAAUUUUAAAGUACAUUAUAAAGAUCAAUUUACAUGUGUGUUGUCAAGAUGUAUUUUUUGUCAAACUAUGUCUUUACACAUAAAUAAAACUACUGGUAAAUAUUUCAAAACAAAUACUAAAAAGUUAUUAAUCACAGUUUUGUAAUUUAAUGUUUAAAUGUUUUAGGUUUUUUUAUAUGUACACAUUGUUUAAGAUGUGGUGAUUGGGCUACAUAUAAUACUCAUGUGCAUGAAAAUACUAAUGAACUUUCAGUUCCUAUCCCCAAGAUAUUUGAAUCUGGAAAAUAUUUUAAAGACAUAGCUAGUAAAUUAGUACCUUUUAAGUCAUUAAAUGCUAGCAGUAAAAAAUUAAUUUUAAAAUCUCUGAAUAUGGAAGUAAUUAUUCUAUAAAUAUUGUUUUAAAAAAUAACUAUCAUAUUUAUUGGUAGGUAUAACUAAACAAUUUAGUCUAUACUAAUGUUUUAGUUAUACUUAUUUUAGUUAAAUAAGAUAUAAUCAAUAAUCAUGAUUGUAAUUUAUUGUGCAAUAAAUAUCUAUUAAAUAAUUAUGUUCAUGAUAUUAUUAUUUUCAUUUUAAUUUUUGGUAUUUCUUUUGCAGGGGUUGAAAACACAAAACCUUGAUCGUAUUUCUGGUUUAUAUGUUAAUUCUGAAAAUGAUACACUUUAUUUAAGUAUGAUGCUUGACAAUAAAACAGUUGUUGGAUAUAAAGAAAUGAAAUUAAAUAAUGAUCUCACACAAACAACUGUACCUGAUGACUAUUGUUGGGGUAUUGGCCAUGUUCCUCCUUCAACUUCAAAUCAUAGUCAACGAGAUAAUCAAUGUGCUAUUAUUGUUGAUGACUUCAAACAUUUAUUAGUACUAGCUGGUUAUCGAUUAUCCCAUCAUAUUGUGUGCAUACCAUAUGGUAGGUAAUUAAUAUUUGAAAUAUUAAUUUUUAGUAAUUUAAAAAAUUGUAGGGUAUAUGUUUCAGAAGUAUUUUUUUGAGCUUUAACAAAACAUACAUUUAAAACUUUAGAUUCUGGGCUGAGCAAGGAAUUUAUUGGUUUUUUCAAUGAUGUUUAUUUUUUUUCUGCACACAUUUUUUCUAUUAGCAAUUUUGCUAAUAAUGACAGCACUGACUGUGGAGGUACUUAAGGAGCUAAUCUCUUGAUUUGCCCAGGAGUUUUUCUGAUAAUUGGGAAAAUAGAUAUAAUAUUAAAUAAAUAUUAUUAAAGAAAACAUAUAAUAAAUACCAUAAUAUGACUUAUAUAUUGUUGACAAAGUAACUCUAUCACCUAAAUUUGGCUCAGAAUCUUUUUUGUUCAUUAACAAUGAUUAAUCAUUGCUUACAGAUAUACAUUAAAUUACUUAUACCAAUGGCUACACCUGUUUCCAUUAUCCUAGGACAGCUUUUUGAAAUUGUUUUUAGGCUUCAUUUAUAUAAUAAUAUAAAACAUAGGUAUUUCAUAUUAAUGAAUAGGCCCUUAUAUUGUAACACAUAUUUUUAAAUUCUGACCGGCGCAAGAAAUAUAUUAGUUUUACAAGGAUUUUUGUUUUCUGUUGAGAACUUUUCUAUCAGCAAUUUUACUUUAAUUUACAAUAAUAGCACUUUAUCUGAAAGGAAAUCUGACUUGGGCGGUACUUUUUUGAAGUGGAAGGCCAUUUUUUGAUGUUCCCAGCAGGUUUCAUAAUAAAUGGGAAAAUAGGUACCUACAAUAUUAAACAAGUAUUAUUAUUUAUUUUAGAAAAUAAACAAUCUAUACGAUUAGUACUAUAUGCUUAAAUUAUAAGAGUAAGGUAGACAUGUAGGAGUUGAUUAAGAAGCCACUCAUUAGUGACACUUAGCUUGGUUUACUGUAGUUAUUGAAGAAAAUAUAUAUUGCAUAUGUAAUUUUACUAUUAGAAAACAUAUAUUAUUGACAAAGCAACACUAUUAACUGGACUUUGUUCAGAAUCGUUAUUUCGUUAGCAAUGAUUAAUUGUUGCGUACAGAUAUACAUAAUAUUUCCCCUCUACCUUCUCAACUUCUCACCUACAACAGUGGCCCACCCACUAUUUUUAAAUAUCGAAAACAAAUGGAUAUAAAAUAGUUCUGAGCGACUUCAGUGAAAUUAUGUAUUUCAUUAAAAAUAAUAUCAUUUUCAGUAAAUAUUUUGUAUGAUUAGUUUGUAUAUAGACUGUCCAAUUAAAUUUUCUUUACUGUAUGAGACUUAUUGAGAAAUUUAAUUAUCACAAAAAAUAUUUUACAAGAAAAAAAAUAAACAUGCAAUUACGAAUAUUAUAUAAUAUAGUUCCUUAUAUAGGAAUAAGUUCCUUACAAUUUAAAGUGCACCCGCUAUGCAUAUAAAUAGUUUCAUUAUUAAUAGUAUUACAAGUAUUAUUCCAAAAAGUAAAAUUUUUAAUAAUAUAAAAUUGUUAAGGUCUACGGAAAUUACCACAAGAAAUUUUACCAUCACUGGAAUAUUUCAACAGAUUAAUUUUAUGGUUUGGGAAUGAUCAGAUUGCAUGGAACUCCACAAGAACAUUUGCAAAAAAAUUAUUGGAAAGUAGAUGUUAUUUUAUAAGACCUACAGAUGAUCAUCCAUCACCUUAUUUCGCAUUUAAGCUUGGCUUAGAUAUUGAACAAAUAAUUAAAACUGCUGAUCAAAUGGUUCAUCCAAGUAUUAUUCAGUUUUCAACAAUACGUAAUGAAGUUCUUGCAGAGUUACAAAAUCAUGACAAGGUCAUUAUUACAAUUUAAUUAUUAAUUGAUUACUUGAAAUAAAUUAAUUUUUAUGUACCCUCUAUAGACCCUUGGAAUAAAAUGGACAAGAUUUCCAGUUUUAAAUAAAAUUAUUGGAGGUCAUCGUCGUGGUGAACUUACUAUAUUAUCUGGUCCCACAGGAUCAGGUAAAACGACUUUUAUAAGUGAAUAUUCAUUAGAUUUAAUUGAACAAGGUGUAAGUAAUUAAAAUAGUUGAUUAAUAAAUUUCACUAUAGUUUUUAAUUAACUACUAACCCGGUCAUUUCAUUAUAUUUUAUUGGUAUAUUUUUCCUAAUUUUAUAAUACUAAAACAUAUAAAUUGAAUAAAUAGUUUCAAAAAUUAUGACACUGUAAUGAAUGACUUAUACUUACUCCCUUAAAAUUAAAAAACUAAAAUGUCAUCCAUUAAAAAUGAUUGGGGAUGUUCAAAUUUAAAUGUGAGCACUCUAAUAAAGCUGUACAAGAAAUUUUUUAUCUCUCCACAGUAAUAUUUCUCAGACGAAACUGUAUGUGUAAUUUUAAAGUAAUAUACCCACAAACAUGACCCUAGUUAUCAUUUUAUUUUUAUAAAUAUAAUAUUAUAAUAAUGAUUUAUUUUUAGUUACCAACAUUAUGGGGAAGUUUCGAAAUACGUAAUCAACGUUUAGCCAAAAUCAUGCUUCAACAAUUUGCUAGAAAACCUAUACAUCUUAAUUUAAACUUAUUUGAUAGCUUAGCAAACAAUUUCGAAAAGCUUCCACUUUAUUUUUUGACAUUUCAUGGAUCUCAACCAUUGAAUAUAGUGAUGGAUGUAAGUUAUACACAAUCAUUUAUUUGUAAAUAAAUCAUUAAUUGUGUACCUUUAAAAGUAAUUCUAUAUUUAAUUCUGAGCUUAGAGAAGAAUGUAUUGGAUUAUGAAUUAUGAUGGAUGAUUUUGUCUGUAUGUGAAGAACUUUUCUAUUAUAAAUCAUGCUCUUAUCAUCAACAUCAAGAGUAAUUUCUUGUAGCAAAUUUUAUUUUCAAUUUUUUUUUUUAAUUCAGUUAAAAUAGUUGUAGAGUUAUGGCAUUUUCAUAGCAUAAUAUUAUUUACAAGCCCUUUCUAGAUGUGAUUCAAUUUUCAAAAUAUACUGGCGAUUUCUAAACUAUUCAUUAAGAUGAAGAAAAGGCUGACAUACUUCGCACGAUGGGUACGCCACUGUUGUAGGUGAGAAGUUGGGAAGGUAGGAUAUAGAAGGGAAUGUAAUAUAUAUCUGUACUCAAUUACUAAGUUAACUAUUGCUAACAAAAAACAAUUCUGAGGAGUUAUACAUGUUUUAAAAAGCCGUAAUAUUUACGAUUUACAUUUGAUAUUAAAAUGUAUGUUAAAAAAAAAUACUACAUUAAACUCAACUUUUUCUUUUUGGCAACUAGCUACAACUUAUAAUAAAUUUCCUGUAAAAUCGUCAAAUAUUUUUGUUAGGUAACAAUUUUAUCUACAGAGUACCUACCAAAAAAAAAUUGAAUAGAUUUUUAAAAAACUCAAAAUUAAAAUGUCUAUUAAUAACUCAAAAAGGACUUAAAUGUUUUGAAAGUUUUACCAUGUCUAGAAAAGGCAAAUUUAAGUUUUCUGUCUAAAUUUCAAGUAAGAACAUUUUGAAAUAAAUUACAAGAAAACAAAAUUGAAAAUAAUAAAAAUAUUACUUUUUUAAAUUUUUCUAGUUCUAAGUAUUUUCCCGGUUUUUCCUAAUUGUUAUGAAAACUACUUAGAAAAUAAAAAAACUCCUCAUUUUAUUAAAUGCACCCAAUAGGUAUUACAUAAUAUAUUGGUAUAAAUAUAGUAUAAAAUAAUAGUAUCCAUUAUAACAGAUAAUUUCAAGUCACAUAAUGUAAUAUGCAUUUAUAUGUUCUCAAAAUCUAAAAAAAUGCAUUUAUACAGUAUUUAUUUUUGGGUUUUUAGAUUGGAUAUCAAAAUUGUAUUAUAUGCAAUUUUAUGCAAUUGGAAAUGGUGUCAUUUUGUUCAGUAUAUGACACCUGAUUUGUGAAUCAAAUUAGUAUCUAGGUAAAGAUUAAAUUGUAAAGAAAACAAAUUACAAAAUUGCAUAAAUAUCCAAGCUCUGCAUACUGUAUUAUAAAAAGAACAAACGAUAUCACUAAAUCAAUCAAAAAAUGGCCGUAAUAUAAAUAUAUUUCCUAAAUUUUCACGUUUUCCCAACAAUUUUUCACAUUUAUUGGGAAAAUCAAAACAUAACCUUCCUUAAUUACAAAAAAAGUGCUAUACUUGAAAUCGAAACAAAAUUUCUGGUAAAAAAGUUAUCCAAAGAAAAAAUAAUAAUAAACACCAUUGUAUAACCAAUACAUUGGUUUCUGGCUCUGCUCAGAAUCUAAAAUACUUACAAUUUUAAUUUAUUUUAUAAUUGUCAAUAAAUACAUUUUUCAAUUCAAGUUCAACAGUAUUUCGCUCAAAAUCAUUUUUCUAUUAGGCUAUAGUAAAUGCUGUUUACAUUUAUGAUAUUGGCCAUGUGAUCAUUGAUAAUGUACAAUUUAUGAUGGGAAUUGGUACUAAGUACGACAUGGGUGCAGAACGAUUUUGGCAACAAGAUUCAAUAAUAGCAGAGUUUAGACGGUUUGCUACAUAUUCAAACUGUCAUGUCACAUUAGUUAUGCACCCGAGAAAAGAAAAAGAUGCUGAACAGCUGUCUAUCAGUUCUAUUUUUGGUACUGCUAAAGCAACCCAAGAAGCAGACAACAUUCUUAUGAUACAAUAUAAAACUUUGGAAUCAUUACAAAUUAAAAAAUAUUUACAGGUAGAAUAGUAUCAUGUUAAUAUAACUAAUAAUUAGCCUGUAUAUAAAAUAUAAUUGAUCUACUCGUUUUUCAAUGGCAUUGAUUUUUACGUAGAAGUACCUACCUUCCUAAUCGUGUAUAUUAAUAUUAUUGUAUUUCAUAUAAUAAACAUUUUUUUUUUCAGAUUUCCAAAAAUCGAUACAAUGGUAAUCUUGGUAUCAUGCCUUUAGAAUUCAAUAAAGAAAGCUUAAGUUUUACUAAAGAUUUAAAUACUACAUAAUAUAAAUUGUGUAAUUAAGUAGGUACAUAUGGUAAAAUUGGUAUGUUUAUUGUAUGUACAAAUUUAUAUUUGUAAUACAUUUUCUAGUGAAAUUUAAAAUUCAAUGUAUAAUAAAUUAAAUAAUGUAUAAAAUAAGAAAAAUUAAUAAUUACAAUUUUCUAUUUAUUUUCAAUUAAACUAUAAUUGCAACUGUUUUUAAUAAAAUAUAUUUAGAAAUAUGUAUUACCUACAUAGAAAUAUACAUUGAAUAUUAAAAUGUUUUAAAAAAUUAUUUAUUUUCCUGUGUUUCUAUUAAAGUUAGUAAAGCCUAACUUACUUCACACCAUUAUAAUAUCACGGAAAUGACUGCAUUGCUACUAAUGAUUAAUAUAAAAAAACAUAAAUUUUAUUUCUCGCUCAACUACAUAUAUAGGACUUCGGCACCACUACCUAUUGUGAUGAACUAAAGUAAUAUAUUUUAUAUCUUAGACCGUGAUUAUUAAUCAAUGUGAU